AUGAUGGAAGUCCGCACUCACAUUCUUGUCUGGUGUUAUAAGUGGAUGAGGUGGGGGGAUGUGGCACAGGGAACUGCAAGUGAACUGUCAAUUCAAGUGAGAAGUCCAUGUGAGAAGAGGAGGAACAGAGUAGUCCACAUUCAUAUUCUUGUCUGGUGUCAUAAGUGGACGUGGUGGGGGGAUGUGGUACAGGGAACUGCAAGUGAACUGUUGAAUCAAGUGGGAAGUCCAUAUGAGAAGAGGAGGAAAAGAAUUUGCACAGAAAGUGGAGAUUUACUAGUCAUAUGCAGAGUAUUGAGCAGUGGAUUCUCAGUGGACACUAUCAGUGCCAUGGCCAUGUUCCACUCUCAGUGGUGGGAAGACCCAAGCGCAUAUAUCUAUGGGUACAUGUGUAGUGCACAUUGCACCAGUCACCAGGGUGCUCUUUCAGCCCCUGGGACAACAACACACUCUGGCAAAUCCCAAUUAAGUGCCAAGUCCUUGUUCUUUUCCAAAAGUACCGAGGGACUCUGGGUGGAAUCAUGGAACUUGGUUGUCAUGACUUGGAUGUUGAAGCAGACUUCUACUGCUGCACAUUCAUUGUAG